AUGCGCCCGCCCACUCCCACAACCGCGCUGCUACGGCACGUAUGCGCACGUACACACCAUGCGCGCCCAUCAUCCACUUCCUCCCGCGCCGGCCUGCGCAGCUUCCCCGCGUGGUUCGUCCGCGGCGGCACCUCCAACGGCCUCGUCAUCCGCGCCGCCGACCUACCCCCCUCGCCGUCCUCCUGGUCCUCGGUACUCGCGCCCGCCAUGGGCUCGCCCGACGCGCAGCACGGCCGGCAGCUCGACGGCAUGGGUUCCGGCCUAAGCUCCACCUCCAAGCUCGUCGUGCUCUCAUCACCACCUUGCACGACCACCACCACCACCACCAACACCAACACUGCGCACGUCGCAUACACGUUUGUGCAGGUUGGCAUACGUGACGGCGCCAUCGACACCGCCGGCAACUGCGGCAACAUGUCGAGCAUUGUCGGCCCCGCGGCGUGGGACAUGGGCUACGUGCGCGACGAGGACAAGCCGGCGCUGGUGGAGACGGCGGCCGCAGACGGCACGCGGUGGGCGACGCUGCGGCUCUUCAACGCCAAUACGAAUAAGGUGAUUGAGAGUACAUUUCGCGUCGACGCGGAGAAUGGCAGGUACCAUUACUGCCCCGAGGGCGACUACGUCAUGGACGGGGUGCCUGGCAAGCAGUCGUGCAUCACCAUGAGCUUCCUCGACCCGGCGGGCGCCAAGACGGGCCGCGCGCUGCCAACGGGCCGGCCAGUCGACACGCUGGACGUAGCCGACGGGAGCGCACCCGUGCGCGCAUCGCUCGUCGACGUCGGCAACCCGGGCAUCUUUGUGACGGGCCGCUCGCUGGGCUAUCCCUCGGCGGCGAGCCUGUCGCCCGCAGCGAUUGAGUCGGAUGCGGCGCUCAAGACGCGGCUGGAGGCGCUUCGGCGGCGCGGCGCCGAGCUGAUGGGCAUGGACCCGGACACGGAGAGCGUGCCCAAGAUUGUGCUGCUGUUUCCGCCGUCCGACGACGGCGACGACGACGAGGUGGAUAUUAGCUGCCGCGCAAUGAGCAUGGGUCAGGCGCACAAGGCUGUUCCGCUGACGCUGGCGCUGUGUCUGGGCGCUGCGGCGCGGAUGCGAGGCACGCUCGCGUGGGAGAUGCUCCGGGAGGCGGGGAGGGCCGAGGACAAGCCGGCGGUGCGCAUCGCGCAUCCAAGCGGCCUGGUGGAUGUGGGCACGACAAUGGUGGACGGGGAGGUCAAGGCGGCGAAGCUCCUGAGGACGGCAAGGGUCCUGAUGAAGGGGGAGGUGUUUUACUAG